AUGUCUUUGCCGUCUCAACAAGCCCUGCCGGCGCAUCUGCUCUCCGAUCGUGAGAUUCAUGUGGUCAUCUCCAUUCUGUCGGGUCGUCACAAAGCAAAAGAAUACUAUGAAGAAUCAAUCAAGCCACUACUCGACAGCUUCGACGCUGUUUACUUUACGCACGAAACUAAGUCAACCAGGACUAUCAUCGAGUUGACCGAGAAACUUUUCAUCGCGAAUGCGCGACAAGGUGUCAAGCAAACCAUUAUCUUGCUGUCAGGAGAUGGCGGCAUUGUUGAUAUUGUCAACACUUUUACAAGUCUUCUAAACCGGCGCAAUGAUGACAUUAGAGCCCCCUCAAUAUUCCUCAAGCCUGUCAUUGUCCUGAUACCCAUGGGCACUGCAAAUGCUUUGGCGUGGAGUUCUGGUGUUGCUCAAGACCCUGUCAAGACUAUGAUGGAAGGAAGACCAAAAUCUCUCCCGUCCUUUCAGGUUUGCUUCGGUCCCGGCUCACAGCUGGUCACCAAUGAAGGCCAGGAUCGGGAAGAUUUGGGCCAUGAGGGCGAGGAUGGGCCGAUCAUGUAUGGCGCUGUGGUCUGUAGUUGGGGGCUACACGCCAGUCUUGUGGCAAUGAGCGAUACGACGGAAUAUCGCAAGCAUGGUCUUGCAAGGUUCGGAAUGGCAGCAGAGCAGCUCUUGAGAGAAGCUCACCUGUACAGAGGUAGGGUCAAAUGGCGGAAAGCAGACGGCGAGUGGAGAGACCUGCCUGGACUGCAGCACUCCUACAUCCUGGCAACGAUGGUCUCCAACCUGGAGGAGCAUUUUCGAAUCUCACCCGCCACGAAACCUCUUGAUGGGAGCCUACGGCUGCUCACUAUCGGUGCUGAGCCUGCCUCGGAGAUCAUGCGCAUAAUGCAUCUAGCGUAUCAAUCCGGGCAACACAUUACGGACUCAAAGGUUACGUAUGAAGAUAUCGAAGGAUUAAGGAUAGAAUUUGACGAAGAAGACGAACAGUGGAGGAUGAUUUGUAUCGACGGGAAGAUCGUCGCAGUCAGCAAAGGCGGUUGGGUGGAAGUUACAAAGAUCCCCGCUACAGGCAUUGAUGCGAGGAGGGUUGUAGAACUCGUGUGCUAG